AUGGCGUGAUUCGGAUUAUUAAUUAUGGUGGCAUAUUGACACUGACGAUGGUUGCCAGAGGUCUUGAAAAAUAUCUAUUUAAAUAUAUAAUUUCUUAAAAAUCUAACAUAUAUAUGCGAGUUAUUUUCAAUAUCAUUGUAAAAUGUCUCAGGACAAGAUAGUUGGCAUCGACAUUUUCUUGGAAUUUUUGGAAGUAGCAUUUAAUCACAUAUUAUUUUUUCGAAAAAUCUAUCCUAAAGAAAUUUUCGUUAAGAGAAAAAUAUAUGGAAUUACGGUAUAUGUGUCUGAACAUCCAGAAUUAAAUGAGUACUUGCUAAAUGUUUUGAACGCAAUCAGGGAAAUGAUAAAGGAGGAUGAGAACAGUGUUAAAACCGUCAAUCUUACUUUCUACAAUGAGAACAAGUUACCAAUAGAAAAAUUUGUCUUUGAUACCAUUAAACUACAAGCAGAAUUUAUAGAGAAAGAUCCAUAUUAUUUAAAGACAGAAGAAGCAUUGAAGACAAUCUGUUUAAAAUUAUCAAUGUGCGAUACAUAUUUAAAACCUCUUCCUGAUGGCUCAACAUUCUCUAUAGAAAUUCAGACAUAUGAAACUGCACAUAUUAUUUUAAGCGAGAAUCCGAAAUGUGAAGAAUUUCCAUGGAUUAUUGAAGAUAAUGCAGUAGAGAUGACCAAUAAAAAUCUAUUACCACUGAAAGAUAUUAAAACUGAUUGUUUAAACUUACAGAUGUAUGUGAUUGAGGACACAGCAAAUAAAACCUAAGAUCUAAGCAAAAAUUUGUAUAA